AUGGACAGUAAAUCGGUUCGAAUUGCUUGUGGACGUGAUUAUCCCGUGGAUAUGAUCGCUGCUCACUUCCAGUCGUUGACGAUUCGGCACGUCAGCUAUCACCUGCAGGAGUGGAGCUGCGAUGAACUCCUCCCCCGUUGCAUGAGGUAUCGGCGGGAGUGGGAUAACUUGGUUGUUAUCGUCUGGUGGUGGAAAAGGCGGAACAGUUAUUAUUCUGUCGAAUCGUUCUCGUCAUUAUAUGCAGAGAAAAGGCACGAAGAUAGCAACGGUUCUUUGUGCUAUCUGUGCCGCAUUACGGUUGGCAGUCGCCCAAAACUUACUGGGUCUCCGACAUACCAUUCGCAUGUCCGAAAGAACAAGCCUCAUCGCGUUGCAUAUGAGGAGACUUCUUCACAUCGCUUUCGCGCGCAUCUGUGUAAAGCGACCGGAGGAGCGGUUUGUAGUCGACGACAAAGUGUAGCCGCCGUCCGCGACCAGAUCUGCAAACAGAUCCAGGAAGUACCUUCAGCCACCGUUAUUGCGGAUGCCUGUCCAGGACAAAGCGAAUCCCAAAUGCUCUCUCAGAAGUGGGAAUCUCCCUUCAGCGGUACUGGACUUGCAGAUAUUUGCAGAACACCAAGACGCCGUGAAAGCAACGUCACGGAGGGCUCCUCGAACCCACCCCCACGAGAGCACACCAAGAACAGCACCGUAUUACUAUUAUUUUCUUUCGGUGUAUCAUGUUUGGGUGAUAGUUCGGCUGAACUGCUCAUGAUGCCAGUACAUAUUGCUAGUAACGCGUCGUCCUUGCGCCCAGGAUGCGUAAACAAGUCCUGGUCUGUGAGGACCUUCGUAACACUCUCUCGUUCCGGACCCCUUCGCACGAUCAAGAUUGUUUACAGUGGUUUCUCUCCACCGAACACUGAUGCAGUGUGA